AAGAAGAAGCUUCAGAGAGGAAAGGUGAGGAAAGGAAAAGAGAGAUAAACAAAUAGAGUGUUGGUGGGCUUCAUUGAGAGGCUACUGCUUCCUUGCUUUUGCUCAUUGACAUAUUGUACUCUUUUAAAAAUUUUAUUUCCUUGGAAGCUACGUUUCUUCACUUUAUAUCUGUACUUUCCUUUGUUAUAAGUUUCUCUCCUCCUUUUUCUUCUUCCACUGCUACUACUUCUUCCUACCUCAACUUCUUCUGUUCUCUCUUUCCCAAAGCGUAAGAACAAUGGCAGAAAUAACCCAUCCUCCCAUGGAUCAGCUUCAAGACCUUGAGUACUGCAUCGACUCUAACCCUCCUUGGGCUGAAACCAUCCUAUUAGCAUUUCAGAACUAUAUCCUGAUAUUGGGUACAAGUGUAAUGAUCCCUUCAUUGCUUGUCCCAGCGAUGGGUGGAAGCGAUGGGGACAAAGCACGGGUAAUACAGACUUUGCUCUUUGUAGCUGGCAUUAACACACUUCUCCAAGAACUUUUUGGAACAAGGUUGCCAGCAAUUGUUGGUGGCUCUUAUGCCUAUGUCAUCCCAAUUGCCUAUAUAAUAAAUGACUCGUCAUUGCAACGGAUUACUGAUCGACAUGAAAGAUUUAUACAAACAAUGCGAGCUAUUCAAGGAGCUCUUAUUGUAGCCUCAAGCAUACAAAUUAUCCUGGGAUACAGCCAAGUUUGGGGUCUCUUUUCACGGUUUUUCAGCCCUCUUGGUACGGCACCAGUGGUUGCAUUGGUAGGAUUGGGAUUGUUUCAGAGAGGAUUUCCUUUGCUGGGAAAUUGUGUGGAAAUCGGGCUGCCAAUGCUGUUGUUGGUGAUUGGAGUGUCACUAUAUCUAAAGCAUGUGAGGCCAUUAAGAGAUCUCCCUAUUUUUGAAAGGUUUCCUGUAUUGAUCUGUGUUGCAAUCAUUUGGAUCUAUUCGCUUAUACUGACUGCCAGUGGGGCUUACCGCGACAAGCCAAAUACUACUCAACUUAGUUGCCGUACUGACAGAGCAAAUCUCAUAUCUACUGCUCCGUGGUUCAAGUUCCCAUAUCCUCUUCAGUGGGGUCCUCCUACAUUUUCAGCUGGCCAUUCCUUUGCUAUGAUGUCUACAGUUCUAGUGUCUAUGGUUGAGUCGACUGGAGCAUACAAGGCAGCAUCUCGAUUGGCUAUUGCAACUCCACCUCCAGCUUAUGUAUUAAGCCGUGGGAUUGGCUGGCAGGGGAUUGGCAUAUUGCUUGAUGGUCUAUUUGGAACGGGAACUGGUUCUACUGUUUCUGUGGAAAAUGUUGGACUACUUGGACUAACCCGAGUUGGAAGUCGCAGAGUUGUUCAGAUAUCUGCUGCCUUCAUGAUAUUUUUCUCAAUCUUAGGAAAAUUUGGAGCUGUGUUUGCAUCCAUACCUUUCCCAAUAUUUGCAGCACUAUAUUGUAUACUCUUUGGCCUUGUGGUUGGAUUGUCAUUUCUCCAAUUCACAAACAUGAAUUGUAUGAGAAACCUCAUCAUUACUGGGCUAUCACUCUUCCUUGGAAUUUCUAUCCCACAAUUCUUUAAUGAAUAUUGGAAUCCAACACGCCGGGGGCUUGUUCACACCAAAGCUGGAUGGUUCAAUGCAUCUCUGAAUACCAUAUUCUCAUCUCCGGCAACAGUAGGUCUGAUCAUCGCGGUGUUUUUGGACAACACAAUAGAGGUGGAAAAAUCGAAAAAAGAUCGAGGGAUGCCAUGGUGGGUGAAGUUCAGAACAUUUAGAGGAGACAACAGGAAUGAGGAAUUCUACACUUUGCCAUUCAAUCUCAACAGGUUCUUUCCACCAACGUAGUGGAGUUGAAGAUUUGGAUUUUUGUUAAUUAUUUUUUUCCAUUAAGUUUAUAAAUAUUCAGAAAGAAAGAUGAUAUUCAUAUGAGAAACAAACACGUCCCUGAUGGUCUUAUCUUCCAUUUUGUUUUCACUGUUAUUCCAAUUUUUUGUGGGCCGUUGUAAGACGGAUCCAGGUAGGGUUCUAUAGCAUUUAAUCUCUGUUUCUUGUAAAUGUGGCAAUAACAAUAAAGUAACGAAAUCAGUUGAUUCAGUCCUCCUUGAUGAUAUUAAAAUUGAUGAGAAGUUAAGAUGCUCAAAAUUCUGUGAUUAUUCAGCAAUAGAAAAGAUGAUCAUUGGUCAAACCACACAUAGACCCGGUUCAAAUCAAGCACACAACGUAACACGCUUUGGGGAUCGACCGGAUUUGGUUAUUUUGUAGAGAGACGGACCCUAAA